AUGUCUCUUCUUAACUCGGACGAUCAUCGCAAUGAACUUAUCUCCCUCAUCUUCCGUUACGCCUCUUCGAAUGAACCAUCCCGUAACGUUAACCUCGUCCUCUCACACACAUGCAAACGAUGGAGGGCCAUUGCAUUGAAUAUUCCUUUCCUUUGGCAAGACGUUCGAUUCACUACCUGUUUGGAUCCAGAGUAUAGAUGGGCAGAGGCUUGCUUGCAAAGGUCGAGCAAAUGUCUUGUUGACGUAACGGUCACAAGGGAAGCAGUUCAGUUUCCACAACCUCAACAACCUGGGCCCUCUGUGAAAGCACGGGAAGGAAGUGGAGAUGAUCAGGAGUCCGCAACAAUUAGCCUGGGGGCGAAUAGGAUUGUCAAUCUUUUGUUACCCGAGUCGUAUCGGUGGCGGAAAGUGGAUAUUGACCUCCCGAACCCGUAUCUUUACAACCUUAUCCAUGGUUAUUUUACUCGAGUUUCUCAGCCUUUAUCCCCUCCUAGUCCUCCGCCCUCGUCAUCCUCGUCUCUCACAACGACGAAUGAGGCGACGACAACAGCAACUCUGGCAACCUCUAAAUUGACAUCCCUUUCUAUAACAUGCGACCGCUCAAACCAACUGACUGUUCCAAGGCUCCAAAUUCCCAACCUUAAUUCUACACCUUUGACCCGCCUUACCUUGAACACAAUCAACGUCGAGUGGAAAUCGUGGGAUUUUCCUCAUCUUACCUACCUCGAACUCGCCCGACACGAACGUGAAUCCGUAAGGCCUCGAUUGAACGAACUUUUCCAUAUUCUUUCAAACUCGACUUUACUGGAGGAAUUACAUUUUAAUGGAUCGGGACCAUGUGUACCCGAUUCUCAUGAUAUCCCUCCUCCCCCUUCUCCCAACAGUGACACCCCAACCACGAACGCAAACUCAAAUCAAGUCCCAAUUGUCAUCCUGCCCAAUCUUCAUACCCUGUCUAUCUCCCGUCAAACCUCCUCAAGCGACGUCGUCUCUCUCAUCCAUCUCCUUCGCGCUCCAACGCUCCAAUCUCUCACCCUCUCGGAGUGGCGUGACGACGCAUACGAUCCAGCCAUCUCGCUCCUCGGUCGAUCACCUUACACCGGUUUCCCUUCUAUCACGUACCUCCACAUACGAGGCAUAGAAGUAUCCGACACCACAUACGGAAUGGACGCCUUUGGAGAAUUCUUACGAUCAGCGACAAACGUGACGCAUCUGUUUGCCGAAAUGCACGGAAUGAACCCUUUGGCGUUCUUACCCCUUACAGACCCAGCACCUAAUCUUCCGUUACCCGUACCGAAAUUAUCAUGUUUUCAGGUGACGGGUCCUCAUCGAGCGUGUAUUGGGAGGAUGGUGGAAAGUCGGAUGUCGAUUGGGAGUCCUGUGAAGAGGCUGAUUUUGGGGAGGUUGGAUACGACGGUGACGAAGGAGUUUAAUGAGAGGUUGGAGAAGAUGGUCGAGGAAGUGAGUUAUGUUGAGCCGGCUGAUGAUGAUGACGAGGCAUGUGAGGGGAGUGAGUAUGGGGAGGAGGAAGAGGAGGGGAGUGAUGCGGAAGUGUAA